GUUCUAGAUACAAGAGUGAAAAAUAACAUAAAAAAUCGUCAUGAUAAUUAACAAGGUUCUAGUGACGUUUUUGAGUAUAACAUCAACUUUUAGCAUGAAUCAUUUGUUAUAUCCAACAAGUAACGACUCCCGUGUAAUAUCAGCAGCAGUUGCAGAAAUUAUUGAAAAAUUCUUCAUUGAAAAAUCGAUACAAUUUGGAAUUCUUGUAUUUGGUGACACGACACAUCACCUUAAUGACGUCAUUCAAGAAUUUGUCAGUCUCAUAAAUGCACGUCAACAUUUAACAAACCUAAAGUAUAUCGAAGAAAACCAGCUCAUCACCAUCGAUACUCCCUUAAUUGUCUUCAUGAGGAACAAAGAAUCUCUUAAGUCAUUCAUGAGAGUGUCACAAUUAAAUCCAGAAAUUCAGACAGACAUAAAGAUUUUAAUUUAUUUAGACGAGACUAUUCCAAUGCUCCCAAGUCAUCCACAGUUCACAUACGAUACAGCAGUGCUGGCUGAUCAUUUUUAUUACAUUUUAAAUGAGAAAAAGGUUGUCGUGUUCGUGACAAUUGAAUACUUUACUGAAAGAGGCUGCAAUGUUCCAACUGAGACGUUGAUUAAUGUGCUUCAUAAAGGAUAUAAAGCAUGGAAGUUCCAACUUACUGACUAUGAUAAAUUUCAAAACUUUCAUGGAUGUGAUUUGGUGCUGGAUGGGACAUUUGGGGUUAAUUUUAAUUUUAAGAAUAGGAAUCAGGACAUUAUUAACUGCUUGGUCAACUAUGAUUUUCUAUGCUUACACACGAUGUACUUAAUAUCCAUACAGGAAGAGCCACAAGGUUUGAAUGUCGAUCUGUUUAAAAUGAUGUCUAAGUCAGCAAAUUUUACACCAUCCUUUGCUGCUAGACUUCCAGAAGCCGUUAGAAAGAUUCAUAAUUUUAAGGAAAAGUAUCCAAUCGUCAAGUUUGCAACCUCGACUUUUACUAGAAUUGUUGGAUUCCAUACAACAUUCCUUUAUGACCUCAACACGAUAAUGGCUGCAACACCGAAUGAAUUUUACACAAAUUAUGAGAAACUUUGGCUACCAUUUGACUACUCAACUUGGUUCAUUCUGUUCCUGACUUUCACUUUAGUAUUUUUAUUCAUUUUUGCGAGCAAAUUUAUAGCUUCUUAUGUCCGACAUUCAAUAAUCGGUCAAGAGGUUCUCACACCAGCACUAAAUGUCCUUCAAAUUUUCUUUGGAAUUUCACAAAUGAAACUUCCAAACGCAUCGAUUCCUCGCUUCGUGCUCAUGCUGUUUAUUGUCUUUUGUUUGAUUUUCCGAACUUGUUAUCAAAGCAUGUUGUUCGAAUUCAUGACGUCAGACAUGAGGAAGCCACCGCCAAGGACAAUCGAUGAUCUGAUUGAGAGAGACUACAAAAUUCUGUUUUCUAUUCAUGACUCUAUUAUUGAUAUGAGGGAGGUGAUUCCUAAGGAUGAACAUUGGAAAAACAUUCGAAUCAUCAAUCACGGCGCAGAGUUGUAUGCUCAGUUUUGCAGUUCUUAUGACAAUUAUAGCUCAAAGCAGGCAUUCUUCUUAUUUGAAGAACAAUAUUCAACAUUCACAUCAUUAUGUCAUGGAGCAGCUUUAAAGCUAAAAAACUUUGAAGGAAAUAAUGUUCUUAUAGCAAUGUAUACAACCUAUAGAAGCUUUGUUUAUAGACAUCUUAGUAAUGUCCUUGAGAAAAUCAUUCCAGCUGGAAUUCCUGAAUACUUACUAAACUACUACAAAUUGUUCUUAUUUAAGAAGUAUGAACGAUUAUUGGAUAAAAGCCCGAAAGUAUUGACAGUUGAUGAUUUAGGUUUUGGUUUUGUUUUGUGGCUGUGUGCGUGUGGAAUUUCGAUGAUUGGAUUUUUAUUGGAACUAUCGGCGUUCAAAAUGAGAAGGACAAUUAACAAUUGCUGUGGAAUUUUUAUAGUCUUUUGGGUUUUAAAGAUUCGUGUCAGGAACAAUGUCAUGUAA